AUGGAACAAGACAAAAAAUUGUUUCAUGUAGACGACAACACUCUCAGCUCAGUUCUCCAAGUAUACAAUAAAACUGAACAAUCUUUGGCUGAAAAUGUCAAAAAUUUAAAAAAGUGGAUGCACUUGCAGCACCACCUUCCCGAAAUUUUGGGUAAGGAAACGAUAAAAUCAUACUUGCCUGUUAACACAAUUAGUAAAUUUAUAGAUGAUAAAACUGUGCAAAAUUUUUUAAUCUUGAAUAAAUGUAACGCAGAAAAAGCAAAAGAAAAAAUCGACAUGUACUACACUGCCCGCAGUCAGUUAUCGCAUCUAGCCAGAAAUAUGAAUCCUAGAUGUUCGAACAUGAAAGAAGUGGCAAAUCUUAUGUACCACGUGCCGCUACCAAAACUGACAAAAGAUAUGUGCAGAGUUUUCGUCAAUAAGUACCGAACUACAGACAAAGUGGGGCAAAUUGAACCCUACGACAUACUUAAAAUGGCUGCUAACUUGCAAGAAAUCAGACUAAAAGAAGACAUCAUGUUUCGAGAUAUUUUCAUUUUUGACAUAGAAGGGACGUGUAUGGGUUUUUUAUCAAAACUGACGCCAAAUUUUGCUGGCACGGCUAUAACUUUGUACCAAAAAGUAUAUUCUCUUCCUGUACAGGGUGUUUACAUUAUUCACGCUGUUCCUUACGUUAGCACGUUACUAGCCAUCGCCAAGGCUUUCGUGAAACCUAAAAUAUUCAAAAGGGUUCAUGUGUGUAAAGACGCCAGUAUUUUAAAGGAGCACUUUUCUUUAGAAAUUUUGCCAAAAGAUUACGGUGGUACGGAGAAAUCAGUCGAGGAAUUGCAUGAAUUGUGCCAACUUAAAUUUCAAGAUUAUCGAGACCGGUUCAAUCUCCUGGAUGAACUACGAGUGAAUGAAAAUCUGAGACCAACUCAACUAGCAAACGAAAACGACGAAAUUUUAGGGUAUCACGGAAAUUUUAAAAAAUUAGAAAUUGAUUAA